UGGCGUGAUUUUCGCGCAAGCGCAUAAGAAGCCCAAGAAAAUUAUUUUUUGGGUGUCGAUCAAAUCUCUUGCACCUUGUGCUUCUUCCUUUUUCUUCUCCAUUGUGUUGACCUUGAAUUUUUCUUCACCAUGUCCAAGCCCGCAAACAAAGUUGCUGACAUCAGCCUCGCGGCUUAUGGCCGUAGAGAGCUGGAGAUCGCUGAGAAUGAAAUGCCUGGUCUUAUGGAAAUGCGCCGCAAGUUCGGAGAGAGCAAGCCUCUCAAGGGUGCCCGUAUUGCUGGAUGUCUUCACAUGACCAUCCAGACAGGUAUCCUGAUCGAGACUCUCACUGCCUUGGGCGCCGAGGUACAAUGGUGCAGCUGCAACAUCUUCAGCACCCAGGACCAUGCCGCCGCCGCCAUUGCCGUAACUGGCGUGCCCGUGUAUGCCUGGAAGGGAGAGACCGACGAGGAGUACAUGUGGUGCGUUGAGCAGACCAUUGUCUUCCCCGACGGCCAGCCACUCAACAUGAUCUUGGACGAUGGCGGUGACCUCACCAACCUCGUCCACGAGAAGUUCCCCCAAUACGUUGAGGGUAUCUAUGGCUGCUCCGAGGAGACCACCACUGGUGUCCACAACUUGUACAAGAAGUUCAAGGCUGGACUCCUGAAGAUGCCUGCCAUCAACGUCAACGACUCUGUCACCAAGUCCAAGUUUGACAACCUCUACGGAUGCCGUGAGUCUCUUUUGGACGGAAUCAAGCGUGCCACAGACGUCAUGGUUGCUGGCAAGGUCGCCCUUGUUGCUGGAUACGGUGAUGUUGGCAAGGGUUGCGCCCAGUCCCUCCGUGCCUUCGGCGCACGUGUGUUGGUUGCCGAGAUCGACCCCAUCAACGCCCUCCAGGCCGCCAUGGAAGGUUUUGAGGUUACCACCGUUGAGGAUGCCAUCCCCGAGUGCCGCAUCUUCGUGACCGCCACUGGUUGCGCUGAUAUUCUGCGCGUCGAUCACUUCCAGGCCAUGAUGGAGGAUGCCAUUUGCUGCAACAUUGGUCACUUUGACUGCGAACUCGACAUUGCUGGCCUUAACGCCUGUGCUGUUGAGAAGGUCGAGGUCAAACCCCAGGUUGACCGCUACACCAUGCCCAGCGGACGCCACUUGAUUGUGUUGGCUGAGGGCCGUCUUGUCAACCUUGGCUGUGCCACUGGUCACCCCAGCUUUGUCAUGAGCAACAGCUUCACCAACCAGGUUCUUGCCCAGAUUGAGCUCUACACCAAGAAGGAGAAGUAUCCACUUGGCGUGCACAUGCUCCCCAAGGAGCUCGAUGAGGAAGUUGCUCGUCUUCAUUUGAACCAUCUCGGUGUCAAGCUCACCACUUUGACUGAUAAGCAGUCGGAGUACCUUGGAGUUCCAGUGAGCGGACCCUUCAAGCCCGACCACUACAAGUACUAGUUUAUUCUUCUUAUAAUUAUUUUUCUUUCCCAUCCUUUCAUAAAUUAGCCAUAAAAAUUCCAACAAAACUAUGAAUAGAAUCAUCAUUUUCUAGACCAA